AGUUUGAAGACAAGAGGAGAACUAGGGAAGGGACAGAAAGGUUCAGACAAGAAGGAGGGCAGGAAGAUGAGAGAUGAAAGCCCAGAGCCAAUGGACAGCCAUAAGUGCAGAGUCUGUCGCUUCCCUUUGCUCGUCGCCAUACUACAGCUGCUGUUUGGGGUGGCCAUCACAGCUGUGGCCUUCCUUAUGUUGGCCAUCAGCCCCUCACUCCUGACCAGGGAGACGCCACACUGGGCUGGGAUCAUUCUGUGUUUGGUCUCCAUCGUGGGCUUCAUCCUGUACUGUAUCGACUACCUCCCUGAUGAGAGGUCAUCUAUGCAAUUCAUUAUCAAGUUCCUGUACUUUGUCCUGUGUGCUGUUGGCCUGGUCAUAUCAGUUGUGGUUAUGGCGUUUGCUGGACACCACUACUCACAGGCCAGUAGCUUCAGCUGUGACGAGGUGGAAGAGGCCUGCAUAUGCACACUGAACCCAGGGGACCCGAUAGCUCGCACCUUCACCUAUGAGGGAGUCAGUGACUGUGAGGUGAUCAAUGGGACACUCACACUCUACUUCCUGCUCCAGAUUGUGCUGAACCUGGUUCAAGCGCUCGUCUGUGUUGUUGGUGCCUUCAUCAUGUGGAAGCACCGCUACCAGGUCUUCUUCACUGGUCUGCAGAUUGGCUCUCCCUCCUUCCAGCAUUGGCAGAAGGUAUAAUGUCAUGGCCAUGUCAGGUCAAGAUGAAGAAAUGCCACAUGUGUGACUACACUCUUCAGGACAGGGACAUUUGCCUUUUUGUGUGUGCCUAUGUAUGUUUUCUUUUAUGCCAUAUUUGUCUAUGUGGUGGUUAUAUUAUAAUGGCUUUUUGUACAAAUUUUGUAUAUUAUGUAACUUCAUACUUCCAGUCGCCACUGUUGCGGAAAUCCUGAACAUAAAUAGAUGAAAAAUGAGGAAAAAACAACUGGUCUAUUUUUGAAAAGCAUAACCAAUUGCUCUUGUGACAUACAGUGUAUGUAACACAAGACAAUUUAUGAGCACAAAAUCCACUCCAAAUCUCUACAUGGCCUCUCAAAAUUUCCUUUACUUUGAGCUACUGAGAUUUAAUAAUCGUGAUCAUUUUCUUCAGUGAUGCUUUAGGUGGCACACUGAAUCACUGUGUUAUCACAUUAUAGUUCACAAAUGUUAAUUGACACUGCCUCAAGUUUUGGAAAACAGCUUUCACACAGUAAAUAGAUCACACAUUGAUGAAUACAGAAGCCAAAAUCAGUGUAAAAUCUACUUUAAUCUGAAUUAUACAAAAAAAGAGCACAUGGUUUAUUAGUGUAUUGCUUUACAACCAGAAAAUCGCAUUGUAUUGAAGCUUUUAACUAUAUAUUCUUUGCCACGACCUGCUGUUACAAAAGCAGAACGUACUUUGUUUCAUUUGCUGCUCUUUAAUCUUAUGCAGAUUUGUGAAUAUUUUGUGUAAGGUCCGUGAUGGAAAACAAAAGAAAAGUAUUAAAAACCCUGUAAUUCUUCAAAAAGUCUAAUUCCACGCACCAAAAACUGUUCCUGACAGCAGUAACACAACCUGGGCAGAGUACACUUUAUGAGACUGGAUUCUAGACUGGGGCUCCGAACUGGGCUGUGGCUUGCGAAGGUGGAUGCCAGGCCACUAGCCAGCAUGACUCAAACAGCCUGUAGGAGUCAAACUACUGCAGCCACAGAAGGGCGGGGGAAUGGGCUGAGGGGUGAGAGAAGGGGGACUCAGACAGGCAGCUGGACUGUAGCAACUAAAUCAUCUAAGUAUAUUUACAAAAUGAGGAACGCCACGAAACAACCAUGUUUCUUGAAGGUUUACUUA